UUAGCCGCGCUUUUUACUUUUUAGCCUGUCUCAGAGUCCAUGAGAUACGCCGACGAAGCUGGAAAUCGGUACGCAGGAAUCAGUUUAGAAGUUCAACCUUCGCUCUACGGUUUUGGAGCUUGGUAGUUGUUGCUGCGUUUGUGUUGAUUUUGUUGCUACUCGUCUUAUUUAACUAGUUUUUAUUUUUGCCCUACGAAAUACCCAACAAUAACUGAUGAUAAUACAUAUUAUUAUUUAAUCGUCACACGAUUACCAAUUGAGAUUUGGUACGUUGUAUGUACACGUAGUUAACAUUUUGAAUCCAAUUGUUUUCGUUUUGUUUGUUUUUUGGAAACAUGUCUAAGCACCUUGUCGACAUGGCGUCCAAGCAAAAAGACGUCAUGUUUAACAUGUUGUCAAUAAAGCACAAGUUACUGAUCCCAGGAGAAGAAUGUGAAAAAUGUAAACAGCAUUCUAAAGAUUGGUUAAUUAUUAAUGUGUGUCAUCACGUACUCUGUAUAGAUUGUGCUAAAAUUGAAGGUGCAGGAACAAGUUCUUGUCAGAUAUGCAGUACCAUGUUUGAUCCAAACACACAAGUCAGUACAGUUACUGAAAUGAAAAUAGCAUUUUCUCAAAUUGAAGAUCUAGUGUGGAAAGUAAUUGCAUUAGAGAGUGGAACAUUGGACGAAUUAUAUCCUGAUGAAGAAUUUAACAAAAAAAUAAAACCAGAUAUGAUUCAUAUUAACUCAAUUAAAUCUUCAAUACAAAACCACUCAUCUAAUCAAAACACUGAAUCUAACGAGGAAUCUAAUUUAAAUUUAUCUCAAUCAUCAGUAGAUUUAUUUGAAGAGACUGAGGACAUUGAUAUUCCAGAAGAAAAUUAUAGUCAUCAGCCUAAUGAAUCUGUGUCUGUUAGUGUCAAUUCCGAUAGAAAUGAUAAACUGGUAAAAUAGAAUUUCUAUUAAACCUAUAACGAUAACUUAUACUAUUAUGAUACAGUUUUAGAUUUUUCGUUUAUUUAUUUGAUAAUAUGUCUUAACAGAUUUGUAAAAUACCUAGUAUCCGAAUGACCAUUUUUAUUUUUUGUUCAUACUUUAUUUAUACUUUGUAUGAACAUAGAAACAUAAUCUGUCAUUACUCAUAGUUUGAUAUUAUUAAGUCCAACCAAUGUUCAACUCAACACAAUUUGUUUUUUGUAUUCACCAUACUUAAUUUGGAAAUAUUUUCUCUGUAUAAAGUAUACAGUAACUAUAUGAUAUUUAAUUUUACAAUUUAAUCACUUGAUUAUUUCAUAAAUCAAUUCAGCUAAUAAUAAGGCAUUAAUUAUUCUUUAUUGUUUGAAAUGUAAAAUAAUUCAAUUAGUUGGUACUUAACUUUGACUCACUAAGUGACUUGCUCAGUAGUGAAAACAUAAAUUAUAUGAUUGACAUUUAUUAAUUAAUGUAUAUACAAAUAUAAUAUGUACAUAAUUUUAGAACAAUAAUAUUUGUAGAAGU